AUGAGCUCCACUCGACUAACACCCCUGCCCAUCACCCACAAACAGCCCUACGCCGCUGUCUCUCCGGACCGCCCUGAACUCUCGCAGGCUAGCAAGACUGUCCUCGUCACAGGAGGCGGCUCCGGCAUCGGAAGUGCAAUCGCAAAUAGCUUCGCUCAGGCCGGCGCCUCGACCAUCGUCCUCGUUGGCCGUCGCGAAGAGGUCAUGCAACUUGCCGCGCAAACGCUGAGAGAAGGAUCCGCAAAAUCAAACCCCCAACUUCAGGUUCACAUUCACACAGUAGACAUCACUGACUCCGAAAGCAUCGCUAAGCUCUGGGGCUGGCUCGCUGAGAACAACAUCGUGGUCGAUGUUCUCGUCUUGAAUGCUGGGCGCCAGUCCGUGGUCAAGACCGUACUUGAGCUUGGUUCCAAAGAGGUGUUUGAAUCUUUUAAGGUCAAUGUGUUUGGGCACAUGGAAUUCACCGAGCGGUUAUACAAACAGGAUAGAAGCAACUCUUCUGGCCCAGCGGUCGUUAUCAAUGUGUCGACCGCCGCCGCAUGGGAUCUGAAAUCUGGUGGUCCAGUGCCUGUAUACUGCCUGACCAAGAACUCAGGCACCAUGCUACUGCAGCAAAUCGCCCAAGACGUGCCCCGUGAGAAGAUGCGCAUCAUCAGCUUCCAUCCAGGCCUUGUCAGGACAGAGACAACAAAGGGACUUUUUCCAAACAGUGGUCCUGGGGAAGCCCCCUGGUAUUCAUGUAAGUUGAAAUAUCUACUACCCGUGCAUUUCGAGGAUGUGGCAACUGAUGCAGGCUUCUCUUUAGCUGAACUCCCUGGCAACUUUGCCGUUUGGCUUGCAUCCUCUGAGGCCGCUUUUCUCCACGGUCGUUAUGUUGAGGCUUCUUGGGAUGUGGAGGAAUUCAAGUCUGGUAAGAUUAAAGAGCAGAUUGAGAACGACCCAUAUCUGCUCAAGGUUGGUAUUCUGGGGUGCCACCCUUAA